GUUGUGCAAGAUGCACGGGUUGUUUUCAGCUGUGGCCUUAGCAGCAGGUUUUAUCUCACAAAGGCAUUAAGUGUUGAGGACAGCAGGACAAAGGAGCCCCUUUGUCUGGAGCUGGCGUGGGUCGGGUGUCCCAGCGCACAGGGGCUUUUCUGUGGGAACACCGGGAAAGCGGCGGGUGGCCGCGGGGACGGGCGGGAUGAGCCUCGGAAGCUGCUGCUCAGGGCGAGCACUAAAGGAGAUAAAAACCUCCCGGUGCUUUUCUGAAGCCUCCCCAAGCGCUCACUGGAAACUCGAACAAUCACCCCGGUAGGGCAGUUUGUGUGAGACAGCCCGAGUGCAGGGUUAACCGGGGUUUGGCUGGAAAAAGCUCAUUUUCCAGCACGGCUCCAGGCUCAUUGCAGCUCCACGUGCUGCAGCUCCAGUCUCGGGCUCCUCCUUUGUAUCAGCGCUUGGAUGCUGAUAACCCUGAUAACUGGGAUCCAAUAACCUGUUGCUCAAAGCUUUUCCCUGUUUUAGAAAUCUUUAUUUAUUUUGGAAUACAUUAAAACCACAAAUGCCACUUUCUACACCCAAUCCACUAGCCCAGCUUUUACAAUUUAGGCAUCUUUCCACUUUUUCCGCAUCAGCUUUGCUAUAUAAGGGCCCGCUGUUCUGCACGGGGAAGCAGAGCUGCAGGUCUCCCCUGGACCGAGAGCCAAGUGCUGGAGACCAGAACCAGGCUUUGAAAUUCGGGACAAGAUCAGGUGCCACCAAGGAGAAGCCACCAUGUCACCAGCCCUGGGCAUCGCCCUCCUGUGUGCCCUGCUGACCCCAGCACUGGGCCAGCGCACAGACGCCGUCCUCAGGCUUAGCAAAGGUGUUUUAAGCGAUGCUCUUGCAGGCUCGCUCCGGCACAGCGACGUCCUCCAAGGUGCCCUGGGAGAGGUGCCGCUGGGAAGGGGCCGUCCUGGUGCAGAUGGAAGUGCAGACCUGCGGGGUGGCCUCGGAGGAGGUCUCCGUGGUGGCGGUGGUGAUGGUGGCCUGCUGGGGGUGGCUGGAGGAGCGCUGGGACAGGGAGGUCUGCUCGGUGACAGAGGUCUCCUCGGCACGGCGGGGAUCCUUGGUGGCACCGGUGGCCUCCUUGGCAAUGGAGCACUCCUGGGCAACGGAGGGCUGCUGGGAGGCGGUGGCGUGCUCGGCGUCCUCGGGGAGGGCGGUUUGCUCAGCACCGUCCAGGGGCUCACCGGGCUGAAGAUCGUGGAGCUGACGCUCCCCAGGGUGUCCCUGCAGCUCCUGCCCGGUGUUGGUGUCCACGUCAACCUCUACACUCGGGUGGCCCUGAACGCCAAGUGCCUCCUGGGUUUGCUUGACAUCGCCGUGGAAGUGAACAUCACAUCAAGGGUCAGGCUGACCAUGGAUGACAUGGGGUCCCCCAGACUGGUGACAGAAAGAUGCAAUACCCUCCUCGGUGGCAUUAAAAUCAGACUCCUGAGAGGCCUGCUCCCAAUUGUAGAUAAUUUAUUGGCAAGUGUCCUGAACAGACUUCUUCCUAGUCUGCUCUGCCCGGUGGUCGAUGUCGCCCUGGGACUCGUCAAUGACCAGCUGGGGCUUGUGAACUCACUGGUGCCAUUGGGAUUGCUGGGCAGUGUCCAGUACACCGUGUCCAGCCUUCCCCUGGUGACCGGCCAGUUCCUCGAGGUGGACUUGAACACUGUCGUUGGACGAGUGGCAGGGGGACUGGUGGACUAUCCACUGGGAAAGCCAGAGACUGUCCCCACACCGCCCCGGAUCCCCAUGCCACCCCUGCCCCCCAUGGCGGCCACCAGCUCCUCCCAGCUGUUCCUGUCCGUGAGCUUCCUGAGCACCGUGCUGGCCGGACUGCAGAGGCCCCGGGCCCUGGACCUGGACAUCUCCACUGGCAUGUUCCCUGAGCUUCCGCCACUGACGACAUCCACUCUAGGAGCCCUGGUCCCCACGGUUUUCAGAACAUACCCCGAGCCACGUGAAUUGCUGCUGAAAAUUGUGGUCCCUGAAGCACCACUGGUGAGCUUAAGGAAAAAUAAAGGUGUGAUCCAGCUCAGGGCCACAGCAGAGGUGAUGGUGAUCCAGCCAGGUGAUGUCCAGGAGUCUCUCUGCCUUCUGAACAUCGACACCUCCCUGCUCGCCCAGUUUUCAGUCAUGGACAACAAACUGAAGAUCAACGUCAUCCCGGAGAGGGCUGAGCUCUCCCUGGUGUCCUCCUCCAUCGGUGGCUUUGAUGUCUCGCUCCUGGAGACGCUUGUUGGCCAGAUUUUUGAUUUUGCCUUCCUGCCCACAGUGAACAGAGUGCUGGGUGUGGGGGUUCCGCUCCCCAGGCCGCUGAACAUCGACUUCACCAAUGCGAAAAUUGACAUCAUGGAGGAUCUCAUUGUCCUGUCGUUGUGAUCUGGGGGCACCAGGCUGGGAAGGGAGCUCCGGUUUUCAAUGUCCGACCCCGGAGAGACCCUGGAGAGUCCCCACCGCAUUUCUCCUCCUGCCUAAGAGAGUGAAGCAGCAGCUUGUUUUUUUCUGUGCAACUGUUGUGUCUUACCUACAUGGCUUGGAACAGAAGGAACACAGGUGGCUUUUGCCUCCAAACCUUGUGUUUUGGACUCUUUCGUGGAUGCUCUGAAGGAUGUGGGUAUAUUGUGUGUUCUCACACUCAGGUUCAAUAAAGUCCAGCCCUCUCUGCAGC